AGUUAGUAAUCGCAAGUUUGGUCAUUGGUGUUCGUGUUGCAAAAAACGUUGCCGUUAGCCGUAUAAUAAUUGUAAACAUGCCGUACAGUAUUUUACUGUUGCAUACAAUAAAGUUGUAAAAUAAAUAAAAAUAUACAGUUAAAAACGAUCCGAGACCAGGCGACAUUGUUUGGCCUUUCAAAAAUUAUAAAUAGUAUCUGAAUUCAAUUAAAACAAAAGAAUUGUUUUCAAAAGCUUGCUAAACUUUAGACAAUGGCAUUCACCAAAACUAUUCUACUUACUAUUACUUUAGUUCUUGCCUCACAUGCUGCAUAUAAAUAUUUUCGAAGGAAACCGAAAAGACGACUAAAGAUCAACGAUGUUAUAAUGUUCUCGAAUAAAAAUUCAGAAUUCAAAUCAAGCAAAUACUUAAAGCAAAGCUUAACCGAGAGUGUCGAAAGGUUAUUCAAUUAUUUAAGCUCAAGCUGCCAUAGUUUGGAUAUAUGCAUGUAUGUAUUAACAAAUUCAGAAAUUACAAAUAUCAUCAUUAAACAGCACCUACGCGGUGUAAAGAUACGUGUUAUUCUAGAUGCCGAUAUGGCAUUCUCAUCAGGGUCUACUGUAAAGCGUUUAGAAAAACAUGGAAUACAUGUACGCUGGAUGAAAGCCACAGAAAUUAUGCAUAAUAAAUAUUGCAUUAUUGAUGGAGCUGCUACAGAAGACUGUAUCCCCUUUGUUAUGACAGGGUCAUUAAAUUGGACAAAUCAAGCUUUGUAUAGGAAUUGGGAAAAUGUUCUUGUAACAUCUCAAAAACAUAUAGUUUAUUUGUACAAGGUUGAGUUUGAGAAAAUGUGGGAACAGUUUAAACCUAUAGUCAAAAUAGGUAGAUAGUUUAUUAAAACUAUAUUUCUACCUGUUUAACCUAAGUUGUAAAUCAAGCUGACUCUUAUAUUGCUUUAAAAAUUACCAAGUAGACUAUUUUGAUAUUCAAGGCAAUAUAUUUCAAAGAGUACUGUUAUUUCCUGGGCAUAGCGUUGACAUGUUUUAGUAUCUGCUAUUCAACUUAAAUGCGGUGAUUACAUAGACUAUUUAAAUAUGUGAAUCUUCAACAUAAGAACACUUAAAGUACUACUAUUAAUCAAAGUUUAAUUGGGUUGUUUGUUGUUAUUAUUACAGUUGUUAUUACAUACAAAAAAAUACCAAAUGGUAAUUUUUUAUAUAAAGACGUAUUUAGCGGAUAAUAUACUUAAGUGUUGGUGCUUCUUUUCCCUUGUUACUUUUUACUCUAGGUUUUAUGUGAUAUUUUGUAUAAGUUCACUGUAAUUGUAGUUGUCUUAUAAUAAAUAUAAGUUUUUUA